AUGGCUCGCGAGGAGCUGAUCUCCUCUGCUGUUACUUUCCUCCAGGAUCCGGCGGUGUCCUCGUCGCCAUUGGAAAAGAAAGUCGCAUUUCUACAAUCGAAGAACCUGACAAAAGAAGAGAUCGAUAUUGCUCUAGCUCGAGCAGGUGAAGACCCUUCCGCUGCAGCUGCAGCUGUAUCAACAUCCUCCUCUUCGGGAUAUCAAUCGCAACCUGUUUACAGACCUCCCCCUCCCCCUCCUCAAGGAUAUGCGUAUCCUCCAUAUGACCAAUGGCAGCCCCCUCCAGAACCCCCUAAGAGGGAUUGGCGGGACUGGUUCAUUAUGGCGACGGUGAUGGGAGGCGUAAGCUAUGGGCUGUAUUUCGUUGCGAAGCGUUACAUUACACCGUUGAUCGCACCACCUACUCCGCCCCAAUUGGAGCAGGACAAGGAGAACAUUGAUGAACAAUUUUCCCGUGCGUUUGCUCUGAUCGAGCAACUUUCUACCGACACCGCCGCCCUGAAGUCCGCCGAGGAGGCGCGCACGGAGCGGUUAGAUGCCGCGUUGCACGAGGUGGAGAAUCUAGUUGCAGAUCUGAAGACAGCUUCGCGCCGGAGAGACGACGAAACCCGUCGUAUCAAUGAUGAAGUCAAGUCCUUGAAGGAUACCAUCCCUAAGGCCCUGCAAGGCGCUCGCGAAGGCAACGAGAACCGAUUGAAGGAGCUGGGCACCGAGCUGAAGAGCUUGAAGGUUCUCCUGGGCAACAGAAUUGGCGGCACAUCGAGCUCUCCUGCAACCGCAAAGCCUGCUGGCACAUCGGCCCUGCCCGUUGCUUCUCGGCCCGCGGAGGACUCUACUGUCCCAGUGACUCCAGCAGCUACGUCCCCAACCAACGGCACCACGACGGGACAAGACUCUCAGGCCUCGACCGGGACAGCUCAGGAAACCUCUAGCAAGAGCACCCCCUCGACGAACGGCAACCCUCUUUCUCAGUUCAGCCGAUCGGCAUCUAUUCCUGCGUGGCAGAUGGCGGCCGCUCAUCGCUCCAAGAACGCAUCUCCAUCGACACCGGCGUCUGGUGCUGGGGGGUCCUCCUCCACCGAUAAUUCCAGUGACGAGCAGAGUGCUCCAGCCAGUUAG